ACAACAACAACAACAACACACACACGCAUUCGCAACCCGAGGAGCAAACACACACUCCGAACCAAACACCCCACGUAAGCACGACAAACAAGAUGGCCGAAAAACCGUCGGUCCUCAUCAUCGGUGGUCUCGGCUACAUUGGCCGUUUCCUCGCCCUUCACAUUCACAAGAACAACCUCGCUUCCGAAGUGCGCAUUGUCGACAAGGUCCUGCCCCAGCUUGCCUGGCUGGCGCCCGAGUUUGAGGAAGCGUGCGCGGGACCCAAGUUCAUGCAGGCGGAUGCGAGCAGAGAGCAGUCUCUUCAGAGGAUAUUUGACCGAUCUAACGGAAAGCAAUGGGACUACGUCUUCAACUGCGGCGGUGAGACGCGCUACUCACAGGAAGAGGAGGUGUACAAGCUGCGCUCGCUCGAGCUGUCGUUAGCCGUGGGAAGAGAAGCCGCCAAGCGGGGCGUCAAGUGCUUCAUCGAGCUGAGCACGGGAAUGGUCUAUAAGCCGGACUCGGCGCCUAGUAAGGAGCAGGACAAGCUGAAGCCAUGGAGCAAGAUUGCCGUUUUCAAGCUGCAGGCCGAGGAGGAGUUGGCCAAGAUUCCAGGACUCAACCUCGCUAUCGUCCGUCUCUCCCACGUGUACGGCCCGUACGCGUCGCAAUGGGUCGCGACCGCCCUCUGCAUGGCGCGCGUCUACCAAGCCCUCGGGUCCGAGAUGAAGUGGCUCUGGACCAAGAACCUCUGCACCAACACGGUGCACAUUCACGACGUGACGCGCGCCCUCUGGCAGGUGGCCGAAUGGUACGCGGCCGGUAAGGCCAAUUGGGACGCGGCCAAGAUGGGCCCCACCCCGACCUUUAACGUGGUCGACAAGGGCCGCACGACGCAGGGCAUCAUGGCGGACCUGAUCGGCGACGUGUUCGGCAUCAAGACGGGCUUCCAAGGUACCAUCAUCUCCAACUUUGCCAAGAUCCACCUGCACGACGUGGUGGAGGACGUCAACGACGAGCUGCUGGGCCCUUGGGCGGGUCUGCUCGAGGACGCGGGGAUAACGAAGCCGGGACCCCUGACCCCUUUUAUGGAGGCGGAGCUGCUCAAGGAUACCGACCUCAGCAUGGAUGGUUCACGGCUGGAGGAGCUACUCGGGUUCAAGUAUGAGAAACCCCAGAUCAACAAGGAGCUGUUGCAGGAGGUUAUCGAGAGCUACAAGCGCAUGAAGUGGUGGCCUUAGACAUCACCGGACGGACGAAAAAAGGGGGGGUACAAAACACAAUUGGAACAUGUUUAAAAAUCUUGCCGGAGUUUAUCAUGUCUUUUUUUUCAUUCUUCAUUCUUUUGGUCGAUUUCGGUUGGUCUGGUCGUUCGGGGGUUCAGGUCGCGAUGCGUUAUGAGCCUUUUUUUGGUUGGUUGGUUGGUUGGCUGGUUGGUCGGUCGGAGGAUAGGAUUUAGCAUGAAAGAGAGGAAGGGAAAAAGAAGGAGAAAGGAGUUGAAACUGAAAUUACCGUCGUCAUCGUCGUCGUCAUCAUCGUCGUCAUUGUCGCCGUCGUCGUCAUCAUCAUCAUCAUCAUCA